UUGUAAACCUCAGCCCAUCCCAUUGCCUUGAAAGGACUGUGUACACUGGACUAAAUAUGGACAUGCAGUUUCUAAAGAUUUCGAAGAAUGCCCUUGCCUCACAAGACGCCUGGGAUGAGAGGCAGAGACACUCGCUCCCCGCUGGUGCCCCGUACUGCAAGCCAGGCUCCUCUACCAUCUCUGCGUCAGGGCUGAAGCUUCUGGCGGGGUUUCGGAGAGCAUCUUCUGGGAAUAAACCCCCCGAGGGACACGGAAUAAGGUCAAUCUGAGGAGAGGUGGCACUCAGACAAAAAGAGAAGAAGAAAAUAAUAAUAUUUUGAAAAAUAAAUCAUUUGACAAUUACAAAAAACGAAUCUGGGUCUGGUUUUCGAGAGGCUUCACAUGUUCGAGGCGUGAGUGUCUCCGUCAGGAAUCGGGAUGUCUCGGAGGAAGGUGCGUGGGCUGACCCGGACCGGGCGUCAGGUGAGCGAGGACCCCGACCUGGACAACCUGCUGUCCAACCUGUCCCCGGAGGAGAUGGAGGAACUGGAGAAGGAGGUGAUGACCGUCCCGGACAUAGACCCUGGUGAGGGCCGGCUCCUGGUCCUGGGAGCGGAGGCGCAUGAGAAGGCACCUCCAGCCGCCAACAACAUCCAGGAUGCUAGCAGCAGCAGAGAGCGGGAGAUCAAGAGACCGAGCCAGAGAGAAAGUUGUUCUGAGGAACCAAAGAAGGAGAGCCGCAAGCAGGAGUAUCUGAGGAAGAUGGGCCUCAGUCAGGAGGGUCGGGACGGCCCCAUGCAGAGACAGGCCAGCGUCUCCAGCGACCAGGACACCCGGCCGGGGGGAAGAACGAGCGACAGAUCAGACGGUGUUAAGGAGGAGAGGCCCGGGGUCUCCAGCAGCCACAGAAGAUCAGACAUCAGAGUGCCAGCGGAGACGACAGACAAACAGGAGGACGUCAAGAUGAAGGAGAGGAGAGAGAACAGGGAGAGCAUGAACAGUAAGACCAAAGACAUGAUCUCCAAGUUGCAGGGGAAAAACGACGAGGCGAGAGAGAAGGAGAGGAAGGAGGAGAGCAGGAGGAGGGAUGACAGCAAAACCAAGGAGCUCAUCUCCAAACUCCAACAGAGCAAGGAUGGGAAGAAAGACAGAAAAGAAGACCUUAAGACCAAAGGACUUGUGUCCAAGAUGCUGGAAAGACAAAGCCAGGUGGAGGAGUGCAAAGCAGAGAACAAGAAGACGAAGGAGGAGGAGAAGGACCAGACGGACGAACAAUUGCAGAGACAGACGGCUCUCGAGAAAGGUAAGAGCGACGUGCAGGUGGAUAAGAAAUGCAGCAAGGAGAGAGAGAAGGAGGAAGGGGAAAAGGAGAAGGAGAAAGGGAAGGAGGAAGAGAAGGAGGAAGAUAAGGAGAAAGGGAAGGAGAGAGAAAAUGACGAGGAGAGCAAAAAGAAGGUUAAGGAUACUGAACUGAAGCAGGGGAGGAAGAGGGUGCAGGAGAAAGAUCCAGAAGAGAGGAAGACAAACGAGCAGAGCAGAGGAACAGGCCAGAAGGCCGGUCCUGGGUCAGCCAUGGAGGAGGAAGGCCAGAACUGUGUGGAUAACAAGAACUCCAACAGCAAAACCAAAGAAGAAGACGAGGACGAGGAGGACUCCAGCAUGUUCGACGAGCUCAUGGAGCAAGUCCGCAACAACGACCCCUCGGUGUCGGAGAUCAACGUCAACAACUCCGAAGUCAUCAAGACCCAAACGCUCAUCCAGUUCGCGGAGGCCUUGCACGGCAACACCCACAUCAAGGCGUUCGCUUUGGCCAACUGCCGCGCCGACGACCACGUAGCCUACGCCAUCGCGGGCGCCCUGCGCACCAACAAGACCCUUACGAGCAUCAACCUGGACUCCAACCAUCUCACUGGCAAGGGCAUCAUCGCUCUGAUCCACGCCCUGCAGCACAACGAUACGCUGACGGAGCUGCGGUUCCACAACCAGAGGCACAUCUGCGGGGGGAAGACCGAGAUGGAGAUGACAAAGGUGCUGAAGGAAAACACCACCCUGCUGAAGCUGGGCUAUCAGUUUGAGCUGGCCGGCCCUCGCAUGACCAUGACCAACAUCCUGAGCCGGAACAUGGACCGUCAGCGCCAGCGCCGCCUGCAGGAGCAGAAGCUAGCCCAGGCCAACGGGGACAAGAAGGGCACGUUGGAGGUCCCCAAAACAGGUGGAGCAGGCUCUCUCAGGGGCUCCCCCAUGCCCUCCCCCAAACCCUCGCCUCUGGCCUCCCCCAUGCCGUCGCCCAAACUGACCCCCAAGAGGACCAGUAGAGGAAGGGGGCCCCCACCCCCGCCCCCGCCCCCUGGGGGGGGGCCCCCGCCGCCACCCCCACCCCCUGCCCCCCUGCUGGACAUGGAUUCCCUGAAGAACUCCCUGACCCCCGUGUCCCAGAGGAGGGUGGAGGGGAAGGCAGGGGGCGCAGCUGGGGGGAGGAACUCCAGGGACCAGCUGCUAGCCUCCAUCAGGGACAGCACGAAGAUGAAACUCAAAAAGGUCGCUGUGCCGAAGCUACUGCAGUAACCCUCUGGUGGCCCGCGAGGAAGAGGAGGAAGAGGAGGAAGAGGAGGAGGGGGUCGGACAUCUCACAGGUGUUGAGGAGGAUCAAAGCCCUGGACAUCCCACACACACACACACACACAGUCUAACUGUAACUACUGUGCUAGGAGGAGAGGGAGGCUGCAGAGUGAAACGAGAGAUUCCCAGAGGAACCCCUAGCCCCCGGUCUCCUCUCCUCGCCCUCCUCUCCUCUCCCUCUUCUCCUCGCCCUCCUCUCCCUCCUCUACUCGCCCUCCUCGCCC